UCCUGGGAUCAAGUUGACUUGAUCAUCAGGCACUUGAGGCCCUUGAGGCCUUGCUGGCGCCCACGCGCUCAGGCCUCACCCAUCUUCUCCCACCCUUGCCUGGCCUUUCGCACAUUUCAAGCAACUGUAUUUGCCCUUAUUCUUCCUGUUGCUGGGUGGUCUCUCCUCAUCCUUGGGUUCCAGCUACAGCAUCACUUUCCCUGGGACGCCUUCUUGGCCAUGCCACUCCCUCCCCAGGCAGUUCGGUUCCCUGAACUCAGGAGCCCACAGCCCUCUGGACGGCAUAUUGGCGUUUUGUCCUGGAUUUGUGUCUCUCCCAUGGUUUGGACACAGGAGGACUCGCCCACCCUGACACCUGGCUCCACUCACGCUUCUCUUUCUGCCACAAGGGUCUGUAGACUACCCCCCCGACACACACACCAUACCCUAGGGUAUUUAUGAGAGUCCUGCCUGCUCCGCCCUCUCCCCGACACACUCCAUGGCUGCCAGUGUGUCUCUGUGUCUCCAGUGUUCAGGACAGCAGGGUCUCAGGAGGGGGCACAAAAGUUUCCAGGGAGGCUUAGGAACAGAGGGAGCCUCACCUGUCCCGGGUGCUCCAGGCGUCCUCCACUCCCCCUUAGCACCCUGCCCCACCUGCCAGCCCCAAGGCCCACCAUCCCUCUCCCAGUCCGCUGCCCAAGCCACACCCCCAACAUAGGUCCCCUGGGCCACACUUGGCCUCAAAGCCCUGUGUCCUUACCCCCUCCCUCCCUCCGCCCACAGCCAGCCCCCCCCCCCACUCCCUCCACCCAAGCUCUUCCCCAGAGGAAAAGUCAGUCCUCAAGGAGCUUUCCCAUGACCCUCCCCUCCCCAGAACUCUCUCCCAGGACCCAGGGCGUUUCCUUCUGUGAGCUCAUGACCAUGAACCUGACCUGUGUCUUCACUACCAGGUGUCUUGUGGGUACCGCAGGGGGGCAGAGACCUGUGUCUGUCCCCUCCCCUAGUGUCCUUGGGGUGUCAUCCCCUGCUGAGUGGGUGAAGAGACUGUGAGUGAGCUUGGCCUGAGUGAACCAUGACAGUGGGACAGAGGGCCCAUCAGCUACCUCUCGGCCUCGGCUUCUCCAUCUUGCCCUGACCCCACCCUGCUGACCACCCAGCUUUAGGGAAUUGGGGAAACAUCUUGGCCCCAGAAACUGGGAGGAGUGACUCAGCUCACCUCCAAGCCCCAUCUGCCUCCUCGCCCUCCCAGGCCCGCUCCCCCCAGCUCCUGGCCCAGCCUCCCUCCCUCUCCAGCCACCCACGCAGCACCUCCUCCCAGCCCCACCCUGGCGGCCCCUCCCAGGUGAGGUGGUGGAGCAGUCAGCUCCUCAGCGCCUCUGACAGCGCCUGACUCCGGGCAGGCGGCGCCCCAUGGGGGCUCUGAGGCCCUGGGCCCGAUAUGGGCUACUGGUUGUGGGGCACCUGCUGGCCUUGGGGCUCGGGGCUGCAGUGCUCCAGGCCCUGGAGGGCCCUCCAGCACUCCGGCUCCAGGCCAACCUCAGGGCCGAGCUGGCCACCUUCCAGGCGGAGUAUGGGGUCUGCCUGCCCCCCGGGGCCCUGGAAGAGCUGCUGGGUGCCGCCCUGGCCGCCCAGGCCCAUGGGGUUUCCAGCCUGGGCAAUGGCUCCGAGGCCAGGAACUGGGAUCUGCCCUCGGCCCUGCUCUUCACCGCCAGCCUCCUCACCACCACCGGUUAUGGCCACAUGGCCCCGCUAUCAGCAGGAGGAAAGGCCUUCUGUGUGCUCUACACAGCCCUGGGGUUGCCAGCCUCCUUAGCCCUUGUGGCUGCACUGCGCCGAUGCCUCCUGCCUCUGCUCAGCCGCCAGGGUGCCUGGGUAGCCAUCCACUGGCAGCUGACACCGGCCAGGGCUGCGCUGCUGCAGGCAGCUGGACUGGGCCUGCUAGUGGCUGGUACCUUCGUGCUGCUGCCCGCCCUGGUGCUGUGGAGUCUGCAGGGCGACUGCAGUCUACUGGAGGCCAUUUACUUCUGCUUCGGCUCGCUCAGCACCAUCGGCCUGGGGGAUCUGCUGCCUGGCCGUGGCCGUGGCCUACAUCCAGUGCUUUACCACCUUGGCCAGUUUGCACUUCUAGGUUACUUGCUCCUGGGACUCCUGGCCAUGCUCCUGGCUGUGGAGACAUUCUCAGAGCUGCCCCAGGUCCGUGCCAUGGUGAAGUUUUUUGGGUCCAGUGACCCUUUGAACGCUGAGGACGAAGCUGGCAUCCUAGGCCAAGAUGAACUGGCUCUGAGCACCUUGCCACCCCCGGAAGCAGCCGCAGGACAGGCCCCAGCUUGCUGAUAGGUGUCAGGAGUUGAGCUCCUUUCAGGUGGAGAAGCCGGAGGAGGAAGACAUCAGGAGUGGCUGGAGAAGCCUUUGGAAGUGGGAGGGGAAGUGGUAGGUGUUUCCUCAGGGAAUAAUGUGUUGAUAAAAAAUAAAAUGAGCAACACGGCC